AUGUCGAGCAUGCUCUUCUCCUCGCAGCCCAUCACGCCCUCGCCGCUCUCACGUGCUCUGGCCGUCGAUGGCGACGUUCUUGAACAUGUGCGCGUCCGCGCUGUGAAGCACGACUUGCCACCGCGUAAUCCGCGUUCACGGAGCUCGUCGCAGUCCUCCGUGUCGUCCUCGUCGUCGUUUUCAUCCGGCGCAACCUCCCCAAACGCCACCACCACAAUCUCGCCCGACAAGCGACAGUCCUAUGGGGACUUCAUAAACGCCUUCCUGCCCUCCUCGCCAAAUUACCACUAUCGUCCUCCAUUCUCUCGACGUGGCUCUAUGUCCUCCAUAGCCUCCGUGUCCAGCGAGGACGACCAAACCAUCACCCCUAUCCGGCUCAUCCAUGCCGUUGAACCUUCACGCGAUAUCGCUCAGGCGUUUAAUGAGUCUAAGCCCAACGCAUCGUACCGAGAUUCGACUGCGCCGCUAGCAUUCCCGCGACUUACGCCUCCUGGCUCACCGUCGCCUUAUCUUGCCGUUAGUCGCCGCGGAAGCGCACAAUCCCUUGCAUCUCGCAUCAGCCGGGAAAGUCUCCGCCGCCCACAAACUGCCGUGAGCCUACCGACGGAGGACUUGUACUACACGCCGCCGCAGAGCCCUUUCUCUGCAGCGAGACGGGCGUUACAAGCUUCUGAUCCUGGUCCUAUCGAGGAGGAGGAGGACAUCACUGCUUGUUACAACGUACUUGGCUUUAAAGGCUUCGGGCUCUAG